CGGAACUCUCCGGAACGUGCACGCCGCCGUGGCCCGGGGCCGCCAGAUGCGCUGCGAGCACUGCGGCCGCCCCGGCGCCACCGUCGGCUGCUGCCUGGCCGCCUGCGCCGCCAACUACCACUUCAUGUGCGCGCGGCGCUGCCAGGCCGCCUUCCUGCGCGACAAGAGGGUCUUCUGCCAGCGCCACGGCCGCCUGCUGGCCGGCGACGAGCUGGUGCGGGACGGGGGCUUCGCGGUGCUGCGCCGGGUGCUGGUGGAUUUCGGGGGGAUCAGCCUCAAGAGGAAGUUUUUGGGGGGUCUGGAGCCCGAGGCCGUCAACGUCAUGAUCGGCUCCAUCCGCAUUGACCGCCUGGGGGCGCUCUCGGAGCUGUCGGAGCGCGAGGGGCGGCUCUUCCCCGUGGGAUACCAGUGCUGGCGGCUGUACUGGAGCACGCGCGACGCCCGCCGCCGCUGCUGGUACCGCUGCCGCAUCCUGGAGCAGCCCCCGGGGCCCACGGGGGGCGCGGCCGAGACCCCUCCCCAAAUUCCCCCCGAGCACAACCGGACCAUCGCCCACGGGACCCCCGGUUCCAGCCCGGGACCCCCCCCCAGCCCGGGGGGUGGGGGAGGGGCCGGCGGGGGAGGGGACACCAAUGUCCCCGCUGUCCCCAAGGGCCGGCCCCUCCCCCCCCCGGGCGUGUCCCCCCCCCGCCGGCCCCCCCCGGGCAGCUCCUCGCGGCCCCUCCCCCCCCCGGGCCAGGCCCCGGCCGUGCCGCGUCACAUCCCCACCGUGGGGGACCCCGAGGUGUCCCCGCGGCCGCGGUGGCCGCGCCGGGCGCUGUCCCCAGGCGGUGCCACCCGCCGGGGCCACCUCCCCCCGCCCGGGCCACCCGAGCCCCCCGCGGCGAUGUCACCGGCGUCACCCGGAGGGAGCGGGCCAGCCAACAGGUCGAUGCCACUCCCGAGGCCAUCGUCCCCCGGCGCGAUGACGUCACCCAACGGGGUGGUGGCGCCGCCAUUGUCAUUGUCACCCGACGUGAUGACGUCACCCAACGGCGUGGUGGCGCCGCCAUUGUCAUUGUCACCCGACCCGAUGACGUCACCGAAUGGGGUGGUGGCGCCGCCAUUGUCAUUGUCACCCGACGCCAUGAUGUCACCCAACGGCGUGGUGGCGCCGCCGAGGUCACCGACGUCACCCCCGGGGCCACCACGGCUUUGGGGACAGAGGGUGGCGCUGGAGGCCACCGCCAGGCCCCUCCCCCCUCGGCCGCCGUCCCCUCGCGGUGACACCAGCGAGGACGAUGACGAUGCCGCCGCCGGUGUCACCUCCGGGGGCCGGCCGCCACCGCGGGGACGCUGCUGCGGCCACGCGCGCCCCGUGCCGGCCCCGGCGGUGGCACCGGCCCCGAUGUCCCCUUGUCCCCGCAUCCGGCAGCUCGACGGCGCCGACGACGGCUCCCGGGGGGGGACAGGGCCACCACCAGGGCCACCGCCGGGGCCACCGCCGGGGCCACCACCGGGGCCACCACCGGGGCCACCGCCGGGGCCACCGCCCGCCGAGGGGCUGCCACCGGACAUCGUGGACUUCGUCCUGCGCGGCGUCACCGGCGACGGGGACGGGGACACCAACGGGGACGCGGCCACCUGGCAGGGACAGCGGCUCGGGGACACGGGCGAGAGCCACCGGCUUGGGGACAUCGGGCAAAGCUACCGGCCUGGGGACUUCGGGCAAAGCUACCGGCCUGGGGACUUCGGGCAGGGACAGCGGCUUGGGGACAUCACCGAGAGCCACCAGCUUGGGGACAUUGGUGAAGGCCACCGGCUUGGGGACAUCGCCAAGAGCCACCAGCUUGGGGACAUUGGUGAAGGCCACCAGCCUGGGGACAUUGAUCAAAGCCAUCAGCUUUGGGACAUCAGGCCGGGACAGCAGCUUGGGGACAUCGCCAAGAGCCACCAGCUUGGGGACAUCGGGCAGGGACAGCGGCUUGGGGACAUCGAUCAGGGCCGCCACCUUGGGGACAUCGGUCAAAGCCACCAGCCUGGGGACAUUGAUCAACGCCACCCGCUUGGGGACAUCGCUCAGGGCCACCAGCUUGGCACCAUCCAGGGCCACCAGCUCGGGGACAUCGGUCAAGGCCACCACCUUGGGGCCGUGUCCCAGGGCCACCGCCUUGGGGACAUCGGGCAGGGCCACCAGCUCGGUGACGUCACCCGGGAGCGCCGGCUUGGGGACAUCGGCCAGGGCCACCCGUUUGGGGACAUCUCUCAGGGCCACCGGUUUGGGGACAUCUCUCAGGGCCACCAGCUCGGUGUCACCGCCCCCAACGGCCACGGGGACGCCUUGGGGACACCUUGGGGACACCCCAAGCGGCCGGGGGAGGGGACGGGGCCGGGGACGAAGAGGCCACGGCUGGAGCUGGACACGGGGGACAGCGGGCUGAAGGAGGAGCCGGAGGAGCUGAUGAGCGACAGCUGCGGGUCCCCGCCCGGUGACGUCACCGCGGAGCCGCCCUGGGCCGCCUGCGCAGGUGGGGGAGGGAACUACACCCCCAAGGUGGGCGAGGCCGCCACCUGGGCCGCCAUCCGCCGCGCCUUCCAGGUCACACCUGGGCACACCUGGGCACACCUGAGCCACACCUGUGUCACACCUGUGCCCCCCCGUCCCCCCAGCAUCCAGAACUACACCCCCAAGGUGGGCGAGGCCGCCACCUGGGCCGCCAUCCGCCGCGCCUUCCAGGUGUGGGCGUCGGCGGCGCCGGCGCUGCGCUUCCGGGAGGUGCCGUACGGGCAGAUCCGCGCCGGCGCCGCGCCCGGCGCCGACAUCAUGGUGCUGUUCGCCGAGGGCUUCCACGGCGACGCCACGCCCUUCGACGGCCCCGGCGGCUUCCUGGCGCACGCCUACUUCCCCGGGCCCCACAUCGGCGGCGACACGCACUUCGACGGCGCCGAGCCCUGGACGCACCGCGGCGACGACCUGAGCGGGAACGACCUGUUCCUGGUGGCGGUGCACGAGCUGGGCCACGCCCUGGGCCUGGAACAUUCCAGCGACCCCUCGGCCAUCAUGGCGCCCUUCUACCAGUGGAUGGACACCGAGGCCUUCGAGCUGCCCGACGACGACCGGCGCGGCAUCCAGCAGCUCUACGGCUCCUCCUCCGACCCCUCCCCCCGCCCCUCCCCCACCCCGCGGUCUCCGCCCCUCCCCCCCCCGGGCCCCCCCUACGGGCCCCGGAUCUGCGACGGCGACUUCGACACGGUGGCCAUGCUCCGCGGCGAGAUGUUCGUCUUCAAGGAGCGCUGGUUCUGGCGCGUGCGGGGCGGCCGCGUGAUGCCGGGCUACCCGCUGCCCAUCGGCCACUUCUGGGCCGGGCUCCCGGCCGGCAUCGACGCCGCCUACGAGAGGAGCGACGGCAAAUUCGUCUUCUUCAAAGGCUCCCGGCACUGGGUGUUCGACGAGGGCGUCCUGGCCCCCGGCUACCCCCGGCCCCUGGCCGAGCUGGGCCGGGGGGUCCCGAGUGACCGCCUGGACGCCGCCCUGCUCUGGCUGCCCAGCGGCCACACCUACCUCUUCCGGGGCGACAAGUACUACCGCUUCAACGAGGCCCUGGGCGCCGUGGACCCCGAGUACCCCAAGAGCAUCGAGGUCUGGGGGGUCCCCCCGAGCCCCCGCGGAGCCUUCAUGGGCCCCGACGACGCCUUCACCUAUUUCUACCGCUCCCACCUGUACUGGAAGUUCGAUAACUCCGCCCUCCGGGUCCUCCCUGGCUACCCCAAGUCGGCGCUCCGCGAUUGGCUGGGCUGCCCGGGCGAGGCCCCGCCCACGGCCGCACCUGGCGCAGGUGACACCGAGGUCAUCGUCAUCGCCGUGGGGGCGGGGCCGGGCGCGCUGGCGGCGCCGCUGGCGCUGCUGGGCGUGGCCGCCGCCGUGGGGGGCGGGGCCCUGUUCUGGCGGCGCCGGGGCGGGGCCCACGCCCACCUGCGCAGGUGCCAGAGGUCGCUGCUGCCCAGGGUGUAGCCACGCCCACCCGGAGUGGGACACGCCCCCUUGGCAUGGAGGAACCCACGGGCUCGCCUGGACACGCCCCUCACUCACAUGGCCACGCCCACUCACCUGGACACACCCCCAGGCUCACCUGGACACGCCCCUGACUCACCUGGACACGCCCCUGACUCACCUGGACAUGCCCCUCACUCACCUGGA